AUGGAAGCUGUUGCAUCGGCAAUCAUCGCCCAGAUAGCCAUCACCGUGCUCAGCCUUUCUAACUUCAACACCGUAUAUUGGCCUGCCACAGCCUGUGCAUAUUCGAGUCUUAUCUGUGGCGUUCUAUCAACAUUCUUUGCCUUUGUAGUCCAGCAACUUCUGAGCAAUCUACACAACCCGGAGGAUGUUCGCGUGUGGCUUACGGCGACACGACACUCUUACCGGCACUGGCUGUACUGGAUGUUUUUUGGGACUGAACGUGCCACGAAUCUCGAAGAUAAAGUCCCGUCUAUCGCAUCUGCGAUAAUUCUCACAACGCCUAGCAAGCUACUCCGGCUGUCGAUUCUCUCCUUAUUCGUUGCGUUGGGCAUUUACCUCGGCUGCGUGUAUCAAGUUGGGCUGGGCAACCUUGAAGGCCGCAACGCCAAUAUGUGGGUUUUCAUCUUCUUUAUCGCCGUCUCGGCGGUCAUGGUUUUUGACGCAUUCCUCCCAAUGACGGUAAUCCCUGAUAGUGAGACAAGGCGAAGUGAUGAAGAGCUCCAGCCUUCGAACAAUGGUGCGUCUAGUAUUGCGCCGAGUGCGGGUGAUACUUCUUCUCAGACUUGUGGAACAGGGGUUCUUGUAAGAGAUGCGCUUGAGUCGUCAAUUCGUGCUCAAGAGAAGAGUCUAAAUGCGCAAAAAACCUUGUUGGACUUUUUAAAUGCCCAACCAUCUGCCUUGUCGCUUACAGCCCCAAUCCCGUCUACCUAG